AUUCCUUUUUUAUUACAGCUCCGCACAUUUAAACAUGGCGCUCUCCUUUCGACCUGGUGGGUACGAAGAUGAUGAUGAUGAUUUUGAUGGCGACGGCUUCUAUCUAGGUGGGAGUACAGAUGGAGAAAAUUUUAAGCCAAAACCAUUUGAUCCGGUUGCAAGCAGUGGUGAUGCAUCAGACAGACCAAGAGGUGGUUUUGGGAAACCAUCCAUGCCAAAGAAAAAGGAACCUGUCAAAACUUACAAGAGAGCGUCAGAUGUUAGAGAUGAAGCAGAAACAAGACCUCUUAAUAUGGGAGACUUCCAAAUGGCCAUUGUCAGGGGCCAUACAGACAGAGUUCAACAAUACAUGAACUUAGGUUUCCGUGUGGAUACAGAAUUAAAAAGUGGCUGGUCUGGUCUGAUGUACGCAGCAAACAAUGCCAACUCUGAUAUAAUAAAAGUUUUAUUAGACAAUGGAGCAAAUUCCAACUUUAAUAAAGACAUGUAUACAGUAUUAAUGGCAGCUUGUGGAGCAGGAGGGUAUCAGGAAGAUGAUGUGUUGGCUGUUGUUGAGUUGUUGCUAGGUAACGGUGCUAAUGUGAAUGCCUACGACAGGUAUCAUACAUCACCAUUGAUGUAUGCUUCCAGGGAAGGCCGUGUUAAAGUUAUAAAAAGAUUAUGUGAAGCUGGGGCAAAUGUGAACAAACAGGACAACAGGGGCUGGACGGCAUUGACUUGGGCAGUGAGUAAAAAUCAUCGUGAUACAGCAAGGUGUCUGUUAACAUGUAAAGCCGAUCCACGUAUCAAACAUUGUAAUGGACAGACUGUGAUAGACAUGGCUGAAACUAAUUCUAAUUUUCAGAUGUUAGAAAUAUUAGAGGGUAAAAAACGUGAAAACAGUCAACCUGAAGCAUCAGUACAGGUUCAAGAUUCUAGCUCAACACAAAACUCAAGCUCAAAGGAGGCCUAUGGUACAACAUAUGGAGAUUUGGAGUUAUUUCUGUGUGGCCUUGACCUUAGUAAUCUUGUAGAUGUAUUUCGACGUCAACAGAUAGAUUUCAGCACUUUCCUGCGUCUCACUGAUGAAGAUUUGAUCAAG